UAAAUUAUAAUAUCAAAAUUAAAUACUAUUUAUAUUUUAAAUAUUUUUGUUAGGAAAACUACCAAUAUGAAGAAAUUAAUCACUCAAAAUUCUUUUUCUCUAAAUCAAUUAGACAGCUUUUCUAAUUUACCUGACUAGAAAGGUACCGAAUCAGAACAGCGAUUAGAAAGAAAUGCUUCAAGCUGUCCAGAAGAGAACAUUUAGCAGCUACUUUCACCUUUUAUUACUGAAUAAAUGAAGAGAUAAGACGACGAAAUAUGGAGUUAAGGCCACAACAAUAGCUAAAUUCAUUAAUUCUAUUCCAAUGGAGGUAAAAAUGAUAUUAGUAAUAAUGUAUCUCAUCUUUAAGAAAGUAAUUUAAAUGAUUUUUCAUAUGAUGAUGAUGAGGAAAAUAAGAACAUAACCAUUGGUGGAAUACCUCUCUAAAACAUCUACGAAAAUAGUGAAUGGAUCAAACCAUUUUAGUGCUUUCUUUGUAACAAUGUAGCUGUAUAACCUAUAAGAUGCACUAGCUGUUCAGGCUUGUUUUGCAAGGGUUGCAUCCUCAGCUGGGAAUCUAGAAAUGAAUUGAGGAAAGUUUGUCCCAAAUGUCAGAAUCAAUAAUCAUUUAACAUUUCUACAUAAGAAUCAGAGCUUAAACCAGAUUACAAUACUUAAAAGUUUCUCCAAGAUAUAAAUGUAGAUUGCGUCUAUAAAAAGAAUGGAUGUCAAGAUAUCAUAACAUACGCAGAGUAUGAAGACCACGUCAAAAACUGUCCUAAAAGAAUGAAAAUUUGCUUAAAUUGUGGAGAAAAUUUCAUUUAUGACUAGUCUGACUUGCAUAAAAAUUUAUGCUAGUUACAGAGCAUACAAAUGGAUAAUAAUAGAUCUAUUUCCGAAUAUUCAAUUCGUCCAUCACAAUUAGGAUUUUAAAGUGAUUUAAAAACUUUCUCAGAUUUACCCUCAAUCGGUGGCUCUAACGCGAACAUAUAUAACAACUAAUUUGGAACCAAUAAAAAUGCAAAGCCUAAGCGAAAUUCUGAAAAAAUUCAUGUAAGAAAUUUUAAAUAAAACCAAAAUAAGGGUAGAUUUGACUCUCCUCAUAGUUUGUCAUACAUAAAUCCAACUUUAUAGCAGAUAUAAGAAAACAACAGUAUGAACUAAAUAGAAGAAAUGUGCAUUCAUGAAAAUGAGUAAAGGUAAUAGCAAUAAAUGUAUUUAGAAAAUAGUAAGAUAGAAGAAGAGAGUCAAUUAUUAAAUUAAACAGAAAGUAAUAAAUAAGUAGAUCACCAAAUAUCACUAUAAAAAGUUAGAAACAGUGAUAGACAAACAGGCUCAAACAAUAAUAGUGGUAUUUACAACGAAUAAAAUAACAGUAGCUAUAUAAAUUAAAACAACUAGAGUAUUGAUAAACAAAAUAAUUAGUUAAAUGCGAUAUAAGUGUAACCUUAGCAAGUGAUAAGCAUUAGUCAAAAUAAUUCACAUUUGAUCAUAGGAAUUUCAUUUCUUAUUUUAAUUCUUCUUUCUUUGUUAUUGUUUAACCAAUACACUUAAACUCAGCAAACAAAAUAAGAAAUAAAUGAUAAUACUAUCUCUAAAAUUUAUAAAGACUCUUUCCAAUUCCAAAAAGAAAUUUAAGAGUAUUUAAAUUAAAUCAGAGAAAAAUACAACAACUUUUAGCAUCAACAGCAGAAUGAAAUUACUUCUGUUAAAUCGAAUAUAGAAAACUAUAUCAACUCCAUAAAAUUAUUAUAGCAAAGUUAGGAUGAGUAGUUGAAAACUUAAAUUAUAAGCAAAGUGCAAGAGCAAAAUGACAAGAUAAUAGCAGCUGUAAAUAAUUUAAAGCAAGAUUAUGAAACCAGCCUAAAAGAUUUAAUAAGAAAAUAAGAAUUCUUUCAAAAUGAUUUUACAAAAUUUAAAUCUAAUUUUAGUACAAAUGAUUAAAAAAUAGAAUAAAAUAAUCAAAUGAUUAUAAGUCAAAUAAAAAGUGAUUUAGAUGCAAUUUUAGAGAGAUAAUUAAGCAUAUAGCUUGCUGAAAAUAAUAAUGCAUUGAAAUAAGUGGUAAGCGAUCUAAGCAGUAUCGAUCUUUUUAUUAAGAAACAAGAUCAUGAAUUAUAGCAAAUUAAACAAAUUUAAACAUAAUAAUAAGAGAUUUAGUCAGAAUAAAACUAAUUAUAAAAGACUUCCGAUAAACUGUAUCAACAAUUUUAUGAAACUUUAUAAAGCAAUAUCACAGCAAUUCAUUAAAAUCUUAAUCAUUAAAUAAAUAACAAUAAAAUAUUGUUUUAGGAAUAAAUGAAAAUUUUAACAACAGACAUUAAAAAUCUAAGCUAAAAUUCAGAAGAAAAUAAGUAAAUUUUACAAAACGAUAACAAAGAAGUAAAAAAUUUAAUUAAGACUUACAAUUUAGAAUUAAAAACAUCAAUGGAAGAAAUUUUAAUACAGAUAAAAGAUUUAAAUAAACAAAUGUAAGAAUUGUAAAUAGCUCAAUAAAAAUAAAGUAAUAAUCUUUCUCAAAAAUACGAAUAAGCUAUCAAUCAAAUUUAAUUAAAUAAGGAACAAUCUGAAUAAUAACAAAAGUAAAUAUAUAAUAAUCUGAAUGAAAAAUUAUCUCAAUAAGAUGUAGAAUUGUAAAAAAAAUUUGAUAAUUUAUUUGAAUAAAUUAGCGUAUAAAUUCAAAAAUAAAUCAAAAACAAUUAAAUAGACUAUGGAAAUGAAUUUGAAAAUAUAAAAUAAGAGCUUAAUAAGCUAAGAUAACUUUUUGAAAGAUUAAGUUUAAAUUAAUUAAAUGUUAACAACUAACAGUUGCCUAAUAACUAAGUUAAUAAUAAUACAAAUUAAGGUAGUUUAUUUAAUUCUGACAUGAAAGAAUAUUUUGAAUAACAUUUAACAAAAAUUUAUUAAGACUUAAAUUUAUUAAAAUAGUUUAAUAAUAACUAAAAUUAACUCAUUUAAUAAUUAACUUAAAAUCAACCAUCUAAAUAAAAUUAUCAGGAUAUUUAACUAGUAAUCAACAAGCUUACUCAAGAUGUUUAAAAUAUUUCAUUAGAAAUAAGCUAAAAAAGUAAAAGUGAAGAUCAAAAUUAAUAAAAUUAAUAUAAAAUAAUUUAAAAUCAAAUUAAUUAGAUGGCAUAGUAAUUAGAUAAUAUUACCAAAAAUUAAGUUAUAUAAAGCUAAACAAUAACCUAAUUAAAUAGUUAAGGUUAAUAGCACUAAUUAGCUGAAGAAACUUAAAUUAAAAAGUUAUCUGCAGAUGUCAUGUUAAUGAACUCUAUGCUAAAUAAAAUAUUAGAAGCAUAAAACAAAAACAAAGAAAUCAAAAUUGAAUAAUUAGAUCUCAGUGAAUUGAAAUAAAAUUUAGAAUUAUAAUUAGAAAAAUUUAUCAAACACAGCGAUAAAUAAGCACCUCAGCUUUAAGAAAUAUAACAGUAAAUUUAAAUGUUGUAAUAAGUUUACUCAUAAGAAAAUUAAAAACUUGCAAAAAAAUUAGAAGAAGAUAAUAGUAAAUUAAUUGAAUUAAAAUAAUAAUUAGAAAAUAUUUAAAAACAAUUACUUAAUCUGAAUUCAACUUAAAUAAUACUCAAUUAAAAUAGUUAAAAUGAUAUUAACCAAACGAAUUAACCUUAAGAUUAAAAAUAUAAAAACAUAAAUUAGGCUAAUUAAUAAUAGUAAAUAGAAUACUCUUAAGUUAUUAUACCAUUUAAUUAUUAAGGAGAAGAAGUCAAAGUAUAAAAAUUGAAUUACUUUUAAGUUCCAGAGAUUGAAGAUGGAAGCAAAUUUUUAGGUUGUAAUUCAGAAAUAAUAUAAGAGUUGUCUUUUGGAAAAAAUAAACCUUAAUUCAGUCCUUUCAUAAAAGAGAUAGAUUAGACAGUUUAAAUCAAAUAAAUUACAACUUAUUACAAUCAGUUAAAUUAAUUGGUAUCUUUACAAUUUGAAUUUAAGAAUAGUUCUAAUAAGCUUAAAUGUGGAAAUAUCAAGAAUUAGAUUUUUAAAACACAAUCUAUAUAAAUAGAAAGUUAGUUGAUUUAAAUUUAAAAAGACGAGAAUCAGUUUGUUUUGAUCAUUUCCAAGCAUUGA